AUGGUGAUAGCAACAGCCUGCGGGCAAACAAGGCAAGUUUCCGAAGCCUCGAACCCGAAGCCUCGAACCCGAAGCCUCGACCCGAAGCCUCGACCCGAAGCCUCGACCCGAAGCCUCGACCCGAAGCCUCGAACCCGAAGCCUCGAACCCGAAGCCUCGAACCCGAAGCCUCGAACCCGAAGCCUCGAACCCGAAGCCAAGCCUCGAACCCGAAGCCUCGAACCCGAACCAAGCCUCGAACCCGAAGCCUCGAACCCGAAGCCUCGACCCGAAGCCUCGACCCCGAAGCCUCGAACCCGAAGCCUCGACCCCGAAGCCUCGACCCCGAAGCCUCGAACCCGAAGCCUCGAACCCGAAGCCUCGAACCCGAAGCCUCGAACCCCGAAGCCUCGAACCCGAAGCCUCGACCCCGGUCCCGAUCUCCCCCAUUAA